CCUUUCUUUCUCUCUCUCAUCUUGCCCUUUCCGUUGUUAGGUCACCGUAAUAGACGGAGAAGAAGAAAGAAGUGAAUAUGGGUUACUUGAAGAUGAAACAUUUCAAGGGUAUGCAGAUCUCAAGUGGUUGCCGCAUGGACUAUUUAAUUGCUGUGGCAGAAGUUGCUGCUAUUCAGUAUGAAGAAGAAAAAUCAAAGGAAAGAUUAAUCAAGGAAAAGGUUCUAAAGAAACCCAUGACUAUGCCUAUGGACAGCCCAAGGACACAAGGGUUUAAUGAAGAAAAGAUCAUGGUUUCUGAUUUCCAAGCUCAAAGGCCAAAGAAUGGUUUGAAGAGAAUCUAUGGGAGCGGAGAGGGAGAAAUCAAUUUCAAGAUAAACCAAAAGAAUUCUAAAUAUAAUAACAAAAAACCUACUGCCAGCAUGAGAUUGGAGAAGAGGCAGAAAUUAGAUUUGCCCCCCUUUCCAAACCCACCACCGGACAUGCCGGAGGAAAUCAAGAAUCAUAUAAAGGGGGUAAAUGGAUCAGAGUUGUUUAUGGUAAUACAAAAACGCCUCACCGACACUGACCUAAUGCCAGACCAUAGUCGGUUGUCCAUACCCUUUGGGAAGAUCAAUAGGGGUUUUUUGAAAGAGAGGGAGAGAUAUCUUCUUGACCAACAAAUCUCAUUGGAAGUGCCAUUCUACGAGCCCUCGCAUAAGGUGAGUAAAAUAAUUUUGAGGCAGUGGAACAUGGGCAAAGACUCGGGGAAAAGCAGCUCCAUGUACGCGCUGAGGACACACUGGAAUGCUGUCGCAAAAGCGAAUGGUCUCAAGGCAAAAGAUGUGAUCCAAGUUUGGUCCUUCCGAGUUGGCGAUGGACAAAAACUUUGUCUGGCUCUUGUGGUGGUUAGUAGGGUACGAGAUCUUGAUGGCCAUGGCCGGAGCAAAAUGAGUGACAACGAGGGAGCAAGUAGUAGCCUAGGAAGGGAAAAAGAACUGGGUUGUGGUGGCAGCAUGUGGACUGUAGAAGACGCAAGUACCAGCAAAGAAGAUUACGGGUUUUAGGGUUUGGAUAUGACCCUUUUCUUUCUUUCUUUCUGGAUCUAAGAUUUUUAUUCUUUUAUUUCUUUUUUUAAUUUGUAGUCGGGUACAGCUUGCAUG